CAACCGCCUCAUCGUCAUUCUCGGCCUUUCCCUCCUCCAACCAACUAUCCAACACCUCUAAGCAAAAUAUCAAAACAACUUCAGGAUGCCUACAUAUACAAUUGUCAGCGGAGACUCCCUGUGGAAGAUUGCUCAAGACCAUGGCGUCACUCUGGAUGCCCUCAAAGCAGCCAACCCGCAGCUCACCAAUCCGGAUCUCAUCUAUCCAGGCCAGGAGCUGCAGAUUCCAUCGGGUCAAGCUCCCAGAGCCGACCCGCAAAUGCAGACCGCAGAUCUGGCUUCUCGAGAUCUGAAUAACUCCGCAGCACCCGCACCCAGCUAUAAUAUCGCACGUGCUGCCCCUCCGGUUCCUCCACAGAUGGUGGCUCCGCCACCGGCUCCCGGCGUUGCCCAUGGGCCUGCCUACAAGACAGUUGCAUAUUUCACCAACUGGGGUGUGUAUGGUCGGAACUACCAACCCCAGGACAUCCCAGCAGAGUACAUUACACAUAUCCUAUAUUCCUUCGCCAAUAUCCGAAACACCGGCGAAGUUUUCCUAACAGACACCUACUCCGACCUUGAGAAACACUACCCCAGCGACUCUUGGGACGAACCAAACACCAACGCCUACGGCUGCAUUAAACAGCUCUUCCUCCUCAAGAAGCGACACCGACACCUCAAGACCCUGUUAUCAAUCGGCGGCUGGACUUAUAGCGCCAACUUCGCUCAACCGGCCUCUACCGCCGAAGGCCGUCAGACCUUCGCCCGCAGCGCCGUGCACCUCCUCGCUGAUUUGGGAUUUGACGGCAUCGACAUCGACUGGGAGUACCCUGCGGACCCGCAACAGGCCGCCAACUUUGUGCUCCUCCUACAAGAGACCCGGCGCGAGCUUGACCGCUAUGCGGCGCACCUCCGCCUCCCAGCGCGCCUUCUACUGACUAUCGCCGCCCCCUGCGGCCCCACCCAUUUGUCCAAAUUGCACAUCCGCGACAUGGACCCCUACCUCGACUUCUGGAACCUGAUGUGCUACGACUUUGCUGGUAGCUGGGAUCAGCACGCGGGCCACAUGGCCAACGUCUUCCCCGCGCCACCGGGGUAUGAGCAACUCACCCCAUUCAGCGCGGACCGCGCCGUGCACGCGUACACCUCGCAGGGGGUGCACCCCAGCAAGCUCAUCUUUGGGAUGCCGCUGUACGGACGCGCGUUUGAGAACACCGACGGGCCGGGGCGGCCGUUCCAGGGCGUCGGCGAGGGGUCCUGGGAGAACGGGGUGUGGGACUACAAGGCACUCCCGCCCGCGGGCCAUCAGGAGUUUGUGGACAGCAACCUGCUGGCGAGCUGGAGUCAUCAUCCCGGCGACCGGAAGGUGAUCAGCUACGAUACGCCACAGGUGGCGGACAUGAAGGUCGAGUACAUCAAGCGCAGGGGUCUGGGCGGCGCCAUGUGGUGGGAGCUGAGCGGUGACCAUCCUGUGGGCCAUGAGCGGAGUCUGAUCCGCACGACAGUCAAUGCUUUGAUGCGCACGGGGGAUCUGGAUCGGAGUCCGAAUACGCUGAAUUAUCCGAUGAGUCAGUAUGAGAAUCUGCGGAGGGUAUUUGAGUAAUCGGCUGGCUCUAGUUAUGGAUAUCAUGAAUUUUGAGGCAUAUCAGAUCCCACAGGACCUGUUUCCAAUAUUGUACACACUCUGAGCAGCAGCCCAAUGCAGCACGUACUGUACAAAAUAGUAUC